UCUUAAUGAAUUCUCACAACGAUCGGACCAAAGAAUCAUAUCCAUCUCUUUUGACAAUUGAAACUAGUGAAAAAUGGGGAUAAUCAGAAAGAAACACGAUAAAAAAUCCCGAAGGCCGUCGUUUAAGAGUGUUUUAACCUCAAUACUAGCUACACAAGCCGCAAUAUUCCUCUUAUUGCUCGCCGGUGUAUCCCUCGCUGGCACAGCCGUCGCAUUUAUUGCCACCAUGCCGCUAUUCAUAGUAUUCAGUCCGGUUCUCGUACCAGCGGGUAUUGCCACUGGUUUACUGGCUACGGGUUUAGCAGCCACCGGUAGCACCGGUGCAAUGGCUGUCUCCCUCAUCCUGUGGCUCUUCAAGCGAGCAACGGGCAAGGAGCCGCCAAAAAUCAUGACAAAAAUCUUGAGAAAGGUGUUUCCGGGUGGAGGUACUAGUCAUGCAGCUAAGCUGGCAGCAAAACCAGAAGCCGAGACAGCAGCCUCACCAGCGGCCGCACCAGCAGCCUCACCAGCUGCCGCACCGAGUACAUGAAAAGAACCGGUGGGUAUAAGCAAAGGAUGAUAGAUAAACAAUCCAACUUUUAAAAAUAAAUAAUUAUUAUUACGUGGGGAUGGAAGUUAAAUUUUCAGAUAUUAUUAUACUAAUGGAUAUCGUGGUACAAAAUAGUAACAAAUGUAAGCAUUUUUAUUGUAUAACAUUUUAAGAACGAAGCGAUGUAUCGUUGAUGUUAACCCUAUUCAAGUUCAACAAUGUUAUUCUGAUUCAA